AUGCCGGAUUCAAAAUUAUAUGAUAUACUUGGUGUACAACGAAAUGCAAAUGAUCAAGAAAUAAAAAGAGCAUAUCAUAAACUUGCUAAAACACAUCAUCCAGAUAAAAAUCCUGAAUCAGCUGAAAAGUUCAAAGAAAUUUCAUUUGCAUACCAAGUAUUAACUGAUGAAAAUAAAAGACGUGUUUAUGAUUCAUAUGGAUUAGAAGGACUUAAGGAAGGUGGUGGCGGCGGCGGUCAUGGUGGAGGUAGUAUGGCAGAUAUUCUCGGACAAUUUUUUGGUGGUGGUGGUGAAUCACCUUUUGGUGGAGGUGGUCAUCCUUUCGGUGGUCACCCAUUCGGUAAUUUAUUUGGACAUUCCAUGGGUGGAGGCGGAGGAGGAGGAGGCCGAAACCGACGUCGUAAAGGUGAAGAUGUUGCACAUCCACUCAAAGUAACACUCGAACAAUUAUAUAAAGGUGUUACACGUUCACUUGAAAUCUCUCGUAAAGCUCUUUGUGAAACAUGUAAAGGAGUUGGUGGUCGCGAUGGUGCUAAACAAUCAUGUACAACAUGUCGCGGUCAUGGUAUUCAAAUAGUUACAAGACAAAUAGGUCCAAAUAUGAUGCAACGAAUGCAACAAGUAUGCAAAGAUUGUAGUGGAGAAGGUGAAAUAAUCAAUGAACGUGACCGUUGUAAAACCUGUCAUGGUAAAAAGACAAUAGAUCAAAAGAAAAAACUUGAAGUUGUUAUAUCACCUGGUAGUAAACAUGAACAACAACUUCGUUUUCCAGGUGAAAGUGAUCAAGCACCAAAUAUGGAACCUGGAGAUGUUAUUGUUGUUUUACAACAAGAACCUCAUGCUGUUUUCCAACGUAAUGGAGAUAAUCUCGUUAUGAAACAUAAAAUCAAUUUAGUUGAAUCAUUAUGUGGCUUUCAACUGGUUAUAACACAUUUAGAUGGAAGAAAAAUUGUUUUAAAACAUCCAGCAAGUGAUCCAAUUGCACCGGAAACAUAUCGAUGUGUAAAAGGACAAGGGAUGGUUAAUAUGCGAACUCAUGAUACAGGAGAUUUAAUUGUUCAAUUUGAUGUCGAAUUUCCUUCGGAUAAAUCUCAACUUGAUCCUCAAAUAUUUAAGCAACUUGAAGCACUUUUACCAAAACGUCCACAUGUCGACAUUCCAAAAGGUGAACAUGUCGAAGACGCACAUAUGAUAGAUUUUCAUACAACAAAAUCUGCACAUAGUGAUCGACAAGGUACUCGUCGUGAAGCUUAUGAUGCUGGCGAUUCCGAUGAAGAAGGUGGUCAACCAGGUGUUCACACAUGUAGAUCUCAAUAA